AUGAGCUCUCAGGGGUGGACUCCUGGCAGUUUUCUAGGUGCACGCAAUGCUGCUCAUGCUGAUAUGUUCACUGCCGCGAGCGCAUCUCAUAUUAGGGUUGUUCUAAAGGAUGAUACACUUGGCCUUGGGGCACGCUCUAAGCGUGACCCCCUCAAUGAACCUACUGGCCUUGAUGCCUUCAAAGGUUUACUAGGUCGUCUGAAUGGAAAAUCCGAUGCAGAUUUGGAAGCAGAACAAAAAAAGCGCGAAGAUGCAAAGAUGGCACGGUAUGUUGCAACAAAAUGGCAUACAGUCAGGUUCAUCAGCGGCGGUUUGUUGGCGCAAGAGAAGCUUGUUUCCCUGUCCCCCCAGAAGGAAACCCCAGGAGCUCAGCAUGGUUCACACCAAAAGCAAGGUGGCCUCGAUUUGCAAAAAAGCGAGAAAGAUGCGAACACUUCUAUUGAAGGUAGUUCAUUCAAGGUGUCUAGAGAGGAACAGGUCUCAUCUGUACCUAUUGUGGAGGACGCCUCUAGGUCUAAGAGCAAGCGGCAUAGGAAAGACGAACAGGGAAAGAAAGAUAAGAAAGACAGGAAGACUAAGAAAAGAAAGCACGUGGAUGAGCCUAGCGCUACAGGCUCUGAAAUCCUGCAAAAUAUGAUUUUGGAAACUAGCCUAAACGCUACUGUUCACGAAUCCCGAGAUGCAUCACCCCCGGUUGCCAAGAUUUCAUCAAAAGAGCGCCGUCCGAUGGGAAGACAUGUUCUCAGAGGCCGACACAUUGCACAAAAGAAGAAAGCCCUCAUGGAUGACAGAUCUCUCAAUGAGAUAUUCAUGCUCAAUGCAUAUCUCCCCAAAUUAAAUCGCUUACAUCCUGAAGUGACACUGGCUGUUCCUGAUAUUGCGGGCUCCCCAUCACCAAGCCAGACGAGUGUUGCACUUGGUAUCGAAUCCGAUAUGGCCGUGACUCCGGACAUAACUCAUCACCCUCGAUCGACCUUGAUAACACUAGAGAAGAGCGGUAAUAGAUGGCAUGAGACUUCAAACGGAAACAGCCAAUGUCAGGACAGCAAUUCUAGCUCUGAUUCUCGGGACAAAAUACCCAGAGUUUCUGUAGGAAAUGGAGCUCAUAAACUCCAAAGUGAACCGGAGAUGAUGCCUUCAUAUAAUCACAUAUUAUCUGCAGCUGCAAAGAGUUCCAACUCCAAUACUUCUGGUGAACCUGGAAAAAUUAAAAAGAUGGGCAUUCGUUGGGCACCGCUAAAUAUUGGUCUGGAACGUCGCCUUCAAACAUUUGUGGUAUUGUGUCAUACUUUGACUAUCGCCAUUUUUCUUACCAGCUUCUUCUUCGCAUGUGCAAUACCAUUAUCCUGGCCUAUUCUCUUGCCUUAUCUAAUUUAUAUAUCACUCUUCUCGACGGCUGCUACGGCUGGGACCUUAAGUGGCCGGAGCAAUUACUUGCGAUCUUUACGCAUCUGGUCAAUUUAUGCGUCUUAUUUCCCGGCCCGUUUACAUCGAUCUGAACGUCUUUUGCCGACACGGAAAUAUAUAUUUGGGUAUCACCCCCAUGGAAUCAUCUCACACGGCGCUUUUGCGGCCUUUGCGACUGAGGCGCUGGGUUUCUCUAAGCUCUUCCCGGGAAUUACCAAUACAUUGCUUACCCUCGACUCUAAUUUUCGGAUUCCUUUCUAUCGGGAGUAUGCUCUUGCUAUGGGUGUUGCUAGCGUAUCGCGUGAGUCAUGCGAGAAUCUUCUUACUAAAGGUGGCACCGACGGCGAAGGCAUGGGGCGUGCUAUCACCAUUGUUAUUGGUGGCGCCCGCGAAUCCCUCGAUGCCUUACCACACACGCUUCGCCUUGUACUCAAGAGACGAAAGGGUUUUAUAAAGCUUGCCAUUCGUACUGGUGCCGACCUUGUCCCUGUGCUAGCAUUCGGCGAGAAUGAUCUGUAUGAACAAGUGCGUUCGGACCAACACCCCCUGAUACACAAAUUUCAAAUGCUCAUAAAGCAUACUAUGGGGUUCACAAUCCCCCUGUUUCAUGCUCGUGGGGUCUUUAAUUAUGAUGUGGGUUUAAUGCCCUACCGUCGCCCUUUGAACAUUGUUGUCGGCUGUCCCAUUCAAGUUAUUCAGCAGCAAAAUAGAGAUAAGAUCGACGACGAUUAUAUCGAUUAUCUGCAUGCCAAGUAUGUGCAGGAGCUAGCAAGAUUAUGGGAGCAAUGGAAAGAUGUUUAUGCCAAGGAUAGGACUUCUGAUCUCGAGAUUGUUGCGUGA